AUGACAGCGCCUUCCGCUCAUCCUAAUUUAACGCCUCAAUUCUGUUUCUCGUCCGUAGCCCUUAGAGACUUUCUCCGAAUAUCCCGUAGUGCGAUAGACGACUCGAUAACUCAAAAUCUCAAUGCUCUCGUAACGCCUUCUCAACCGGGGUUUGACCCCUCCUCGACCUCUGCCCGGAUACCUCGAGCUUCUAGUCGACCUAUCGAUCCACGGGCAUGCCAGGCGUUCAAGGACAAGGUCUUAUUCCCUUCCUGGCAAGCAAGAUCUGAUGUUUUGACUUACUGCGCCUACGUUGCCACUAGUCCAGAUCCAGAUGAUCCCGAAGUAGCUCUACGGGAAGCCGAGACCGAGAGGAAUCAUGAGCGGGUGGUUGAUGAGAGAUUAGAUCCAUAUUCCGGGCGGUACUUCCCCCGAGAACCUCGCACGGAAAUGCUGGCCAACCUACUAAGACAAGAGAGAAGUGUCGAAAAUAUUGUCCGUUCUCGAACGUGGGGGUUGGUGCGGGAGCGCUGUGGUGAUAGCUUCCAGGAUGCAGAACAGGCUCUGAACAGCUGGAGAACGGGAAGAGAGCGUCGUAGCUCAUAG